GAACAUAUAAGAUUUAGAGAGAGACUAUGUAGUGAGUCGGAGAAAGAUCGAGACGAGGCGCCGGAGCCUAUAGGCAUGGUUGCCUAGGCUGUGGUAUUGUAUAUAUUUGUAUAUGUGUCAAGUAAUAAAAUCAGUCUUCAAUAACAAUCUGCUACGAUGGAUCAUCUCUACUACUUGUUGCAAUCAUCUACGUAUUACGUAUCACGCUACGAUGCUACGAUGCCGGAGCGGAAACAACAACCCUUUUUCACAGUAAAACAAUUAAUAGCUUGUUUUACGUCAAAGAGCAACAGUUUAACAAGAUGUUUAUAUACAGGAACAUAUGACCAAAAAAAUGCUGUCGAUGGCCUGCAUAACAUGAGAAAGCCCCGGUGUCAUUUCACGCACAAAUCAGAGCUGAGGUAUUUUCGCACAUCAGGCAAAGUUUGUGGUGAGGUGCUAACUAUGAAAUGCCCAGCCUUUGCAGAGUCUAUCAGCGAAGGAGACGUGAGGUGGGAGAAAGCUGUUGGCGACUUUGUGAAUGAAAAUGAAGCCAUCGGGGAAAUCGAAACAGCUAAGACAUCUAUCCCAGUCCUUGCAUCGAAGUCUGGAGUUAUCAUGGAGUUCUGUGUAGAAGAUGGUGCUACUGUCACCCCUGGUGAUGAUAUAUAUAAAUUUGAGCUGAAAGAAGGAUCUGCACCACCUGCUGCUGCACCAAAGCCAGCUGCUCCAACGCCAACUCCUGCACCUGAGCCAAAAAUGGAAGUACCAGCUCCUCCACCCCCUGUCAGUAUGCCACCACCCCCCGCACAAGCCGUGGUACAAAUCCAGGAGGCUGCGGGCCGUAUUCCGGAAGCUCCACCAAGCCCUCCUCCACUACCCCAGGCACCAAUCUCCUCCAUACCAGUGUCACAGCUGAUGCCUCAACAUGCAGCACCACCACAGCAACAGGUGCUCAAGGCUGGGAAAGCACCGACCACAAUUACGGGUACAAGGACAGAAGCUAGGGUAAAGAUGUCCAGAAUGCGACAGAGAAUUGCUGAGCGGCUGAAAGAGGCACAGAACACGACUGCAAUGUUGACAACAUUUAAUGAAAUUGACAUGAGCAACAUCUUUGGGAUGAGGAACCAGUAUCGUGAUGCCUUCCUAAAGAAGUUCCAUGUCAAGCUAGGAUUCAUGUCUGCCUUCGUGAAGGCAUCUGCGUCUGCACUGCAGGAACAGCCGGUGGUGAAUGCUGUCAUUGAUGGCAAGGAGAUUGUGUACAGAGACUAUGUUGACAUCAGUGUGGCGGUGGCCACUCCAAAGGGUCUGGUUGUUCCUGUCGUUCGAAAUGUGGAGGGCAUGAACUUUGCUGAUAUAGAGCUGAAUAUCAACGAACUCGGCGAAAAGGCACGCUCAGGCAGUCUGGCAGUGGAAGAUAUGGACGGAGGAACGUUCAGCAUCAGUAACGGUGGCGUGUUCAGGUCUUUGUUUGGUACACCCAUAAUCAAUCCCCCACAGUCGGCCAUCCUUGGCAUGUAUGGAGUCUUCGACAGGCCAGUGGCCAUCAGUGGAAAGGUGGAAAUUCGUCCCAUGAUGUACGUGGCACUGACCUACGACCACAGACUCGUCGACGGUAGAGAGGCGGUGCUCUUCCUUCGCAAGGUGAAGUCCUGUGUUGAGGAUCCUCGUACACUGCUGCUAGACUUGUGAUUCACAGGUAGAGACACUGAGCACUCACUGUUUGACGGCACAGCUUUUUUUUUAUACCACAUCAACUCACAGAAAAAUAGUUUUCCCGUUCUCCGAAAGCAUCAAUUAGCAUUUUGGUACGCUCAUAAACGACACUAUUGUGCCUCAAGAGCAACAAAAACUUGACUGUCUUACUCAUUAGAAGGAAAUCGAACGGUUCAAAUUUCGGUAGCUUAUUUUUUAUUUAAUAAUGCACAUAAGCACUAUAUAUAAAAGUUUAGGUCCAUUAAGAAGAGCGUUUAGUUUAUGGUUUUAAUAUUAAGCUCUUGCACCUCUGAUGUCAUUGAGGCAGCAUGAUGAGGGUCUCUGUCUAACUGAAUCUACAGGUGUACAAUGUAGUCAACAUUGCAUGUACAGACCUAUCGGGUUGCAAUAUCGAUAUCAGCAGCAUUCAAACGCUUCAGGAUACCAUUGAGAAUACCUGCUGCACUAAUGCCAUUAGAAAUUGAUAUAGCUAUCGUAUUAAUGUCACAUGCCAUUAACCUGACCAAAUUCUCACUACUGGCUGCUCGGUAGUUAGUUGUUGCUCUAUGCUAGAUUUUGUUUGCCAUUUCGGAGUAGAUACGACCCUCUUUUUUGGAAUCAGCACAGUGUGAGAGGUGGUAGGUGUAGUAUUUUUGUGGAGUAGGUGUAGAUAGCUUGUAUAGUGGAUUGCUUAAAACAGUAUAAUAUCAUAAUAACACAAUAAUAGCAUUCACUGGUACUAAUAAUGCUGCGAGUUAUUUUAAAACUUGAUAUCAGUAGUUUCCUGCUCAAUAUUGUGGGUGUUUUCAACAUUAUAUUGCUUUAAAUGUUUGAUACAUAUUCACAAGAAAGAGUUGCACAUCUAUGGAAGUGCAUUUGUAAAUGUGUUGUACCAUGUUGGCUGGAUUUCACUUAGGUGUAGUAAAGCAAUUUCAAUAUAUGACCAGUGCAUUGGGGUGCUAGUGUACACUCCUUCCUGUGCAUCUAGCCAUGGCUGCAUGUGUUUUUCUCAUGGGUAUGCCAGCACAGCCAUGUUCAUGCCCCUGGUACGUUUCAUUAGGGUUGUGAGCUCACGAUUAAUUUACCUGGAGAACAAUAUUUUUUUUACUAAACGCACCAGCUGCUAUCCGCACACACAUGGACAACUCGUUGGCUGUUGAGAAAGUCUUUUUGUAAAAGUGUACCGCAUGAAUGUACACAAAUGGAGUUCACAAUCAAUUUUCACACUCUUUUCAAUGAGGCAUGUGGCAUCUGCUAUACUAUGUGGGUAUAAAUUAUAUAUGACGUGAUGUCAGGUUGGAGUGGGGAUGUUUGUUGCAGACUUGUUACGGCAGUUAUUGUAUGACUAUAGUCAUUUUAAAAUGUUAGUAAAUAAAUCAUUUUGUUUUGUUUCCCUUA